CUUUGGUCCGCACGCGGGGUGCCUGCUCGGUCAAAUCUCCUAAACAGCGAGAGAACGGGACAAAAAAAGGGUCAAAUGAGGAUAGUUCCAUGCUCGUGUUCUUCUUCAUAGUCCGUGCUGCCCUGCUCACGUCACAUGGACUACACAUCAUCCACCUUAAUGUGAACAGCCUCUCUGGAGCCAAACUCGACCAAAUCAGAGAAAUGUUCCUCAACACGAAGAGCGCCGUCAGCGGGUGAGGUGGUCUGUUAAUCGCCGCACGUCAUGGGCGCCAGUUGUCAUGCACAUCCGUGUCCCAGAGCCUCCUACAAGGUCCGAGCACCUGCGACGCCGUGACAGCUGCCGGGGCGGACGUUGCCGGUCGCCGACAGCAUGACGCGCGUGGACUACAAGUACACCCUGCUGGGCUCCCCGCCGGACGACUACUGCCAGAGACCGUUGCUGCUGCAGGUGGACGAGGCGCUUGUCAACCUGUUCACCAUCCUGGAGGUGAAACGGGAGCGCCCCAGGACGUGGCGGGCGCUGGGCGGCGCCCCCAAGGUCCGCUUCUACGGCCUCCUCUUCGGCGUGGCCGUCAUGUUCCUCGUCAUGGCUUCGUACGUCCUGACCGGGGACAAGAAGGGUCUGCUGCUCACGCCGUCGCCGUAUCACAUCGGCGGCCUGGUCAGCCCCGGACCCUUCGCCUUCAACGUGUCGGCGGUCAAGGACUACGCACACAUGCAGCUGGUGGUCAAGUCCAUCGAGUCCAAAGUGGUGUUCACCGGUUGGCGGCAGAUUCCAGAACGCACGGCGUUGGUUCAAAGCGAGCAACAUAUGUUUUCUGUCAUCCCCGGCAAAUUCCUGCCGGACGUCCGCAACCCGUGCUGGUACGAGGAGUACGCCGGCAACGUCACCUCUGACCCUUACGGGGAGAACUUGUACGCGCACUACGCCCGGCGCUUCCUCACCGUCUUCACGCACUUGAGGCGCACUUUCGAGAAGCACUUGUUCAGCCACGGCGGGAAGCUUUACCGCAUCCGCUGCCUGCCGUAUUUCUACAUCAUCGGGCAGCCCAAGUGCGGCACCACGGAUCUUUACAACCGACUGCUGCUGCAUCCCGACGUUAAGUUCACCACUUUCAAAGAGCCGCACUGGUGGACCCGCAAGAGGUUCGGGAUCAUCCGUUCCAACGAGGGCUUCCACAGCCGCUACCCGGUGGAGGACUACCUGGACCUGUUGGAUGAGGCUGCUUACUUCAUCCAAGGCAACCUCACGGCCAAUGACAGCGGGGCGCCCGAACGGCCCAACGUCAUCAUCGGGGAAGCCAGUGCCUCCACCAUGUGGGACAACAACGCCUGGGUGUACUUCUACGGCAAUUCCACCAAUGGGGAGCCGCCCUUCCUCAUCCAGGACUUUGUCCACGCCGUGCAGCCCGACGCACGAUUCAUUGUCAUGCUCAGGGACCCGGUGGAAAGGCUCUACUCGGACUACUUGUACUUCGGCAUCAGCAACAAGUCGGUGGAGGACUUCCACGAGAAGGUGUCGGAGUCUCUGCAGCUGUUCGAUGGCUGCCUGAGCGACUACACCAUCCGCUCCUGCGUCUACAACGACACCCUCAACGACGCCAUGCCAGUGCGGCUGCAGGUGGGCCUCUACGUGGUCUACAUGCUGGACUGGCUGAGCGUCUUUAGCAGGGAGCAGAUUCUGGUGCUGAGGCUGGAGGACCACGCGUCCAACAGGCAAUACACGAUGCACCAAAUCUUUCAAUUCCUCGACCUGGGGCCCCUGACAAAACAAAUGGAGUCGAUGAUCACGAGAAGCCCCGCCUCCAACACCAGAAGACCGGCAGACAAAAACCUGGGACCCAUGCUGGCCAACACAAAGGACGUCCUACGCCAAUUCUACAUGCCCUUUAACCAGAAGCUGGCCAAAGUCUUGCAUAGUGACUUAUUCCUCUGGGACUCGAAACCCUGAACCCCUACCCAGUACCCCCCCCCCCCCCCCCCACCUCGUAUGGCGCAGUUGGAAAACCACUGACAUCAUCAUCAUCAUCUUCAUCAUCAAGUGCCCAUCAUCGUUUUCAUUUAAAUUAUUAUAAAUUAUAAGAGCAGCAGAUAUAAAUCAAAGACAGAAAAAUAGCACAAGUGUGUG